GAGAGCUGUGACUGGUCACAGCUUGUCACAUGGUACAAGGCUGUUGUAAAUAGCCUUGUACCAUGUGACCUCUGUGAUCAUUCACAGAUUUUACACGUAGUAAGCAAUGAUGUCAGAAGUGACAUCUUGCUUACUACUAUUCAUGUGAUCACUGAUUGGCCAAUUAGUGAUCACAUGAUCGGGACCUCACACAGAGUCCCAUACAGCGAUCAGUGUUCCGCUGUGUCCGGAGGACACAGAGGGCACCAGAUUGCGGUGCUCCGCGCUACCAGGGAGUGCGCACAGGGGUUGGGUGGCCGUUUAUAA